GCGGAAGAAGUACAGUAUGUGGAAGUUUCAGGGAUCACAACUCCCACUGAGUGACACGUUUGUUAAUGAACUGAAAGAAAAAACUGAAAGUGAAAACUGAAACUGUUUACGAUCUGGAUCUGUCUUGGAUAUUCGGGCCAUUAUUUCGGAGCAACAGGGAUCCUCAGCAUCUUUCAGAAUUAAAGGAUUCUAGCGAUCCAGGAAACUAGCAACUUCACAUUUAGUAUCUAAAUUCUGCGAGCAGGUUCUUGUUUAUUGUUGCGUCGGAAUUCGCGCUAGCGUGAACAUUGCUCGGAUGCCAUCGCAUUAUUAAAAGUUGUUUGCGUAAUCGUUGCUCCAACAGUGUAUUCCACUGAAAGACUUAUUUAUUUUGUCAUUGGACUGAUUGGAGUCUUUGGAUUUACGUUCAUCAUGCGACUUUCAAUUGCAAGGUUAUGUUAUCACCGAAAUUUUCCUAAGGGUUACCUAAAGAAAGAGAAGGGCAUUAAGCAAGACCCAAAAUGGGAGCGAAGCACUUAUCGAUACACUGAAGAGCGUUUUUGGAGUAAUUCGGAGAAGAACCUAAAUCACCCUUCGAGCAGGAUUGCGGAUCGCGAUAGAUUAGUCCAUGCGCCUCUUAAAAAUUGGUGCAUUUACCGUGGCGAUUUGGUCCAGAUAUUAGCUGGUAAAGAUAAGGGGAAACGAGCUGAAGUGGUGCAGGUUGUUCGCGAACGGAACUGGUGCUUUGUCAGGGGAAAGAAUCUUAAAUAUGAAGAGGUCGGGAAGGCCGCUGGUGUUCCGGCGCGGAUCGUCGGGAAAGAAAUGCCGCUGGAUGUCGUCCACGAAGUAGCAUUGAUUGAUCCAACAGACAAUACGGCUACCCAGGUGGAAUGGAGAUAUACAGAGGAGGGCGAUAAAGUACGCGUGUCGAAACGUACUGGGCGAAUAAUUCCUUUACCGGUACAAGCUGAAGAGACUUACGAAUACAAAACCAGAAGCAGCUAUAAAGAAAAUCCCAAGGAUACCGAUGAUAAAACUUUAAAAGAAGUCACAUUCACUCCUGCUCCUCGGACUUUCGAAGAAGAUAUUAUGCAAGCAAUGGGCAUAGUAGAUACAAGAAAACCACCGCGAACGUUUUGGUAUUAAAGUUAAGGCAUUUUUUACGCCUCGGUGUAGCGAUUUGUCUCGUUUUGAUACGAAACUAUGGUUUUUGGUGUAAUCAUGAUCGAGAAUUGAGUUGCUGACUUGCUGUAAUAAUUAUGUAUUUUGUUUUGUUGAACGAAAGAAUGCUUGUAAGCGUUCGACGCUGCAUUGGGAGCGCUCACUACUCAAUCUUUGCUAGCAGUUUUUUUCAACUGGAAACGACGAAAACCUUCGAAACUAUCAAA